AUGACCACGCUUGCCACAGCAGCCUUCGUGCUGCCACUGGGCACACUCGCACUGGCACUUCCGCCGUUGCUUCAGCUGGAAGCAUCGCAGCUUCACUAUGCCAGCGGUCCCAUGUGGCCGCCAUUCCGGUGGCUGGCAGAGCUUUUCCUCGCCUCGCAACCUUCGAAGCUCACCAGCAUACUCGAUUACGCCCUCACCCCGGCGCAGCGACGUUCGAUCCUCUACUACGACGAUGCGUUUCCGGGUCUGUUCGCCGCCAUCGGUCUGUCGUUGAUAGGGUAUUGGGCAACGAGCGUCGCCAUCUCGAAGACGAAGGACGUCUUCUUCUCGCGUGGAUUCAAAGGUCGAGAUCUUCUCAAGAACAAGCCGGAGCCUAUCCCGGAGAGUCUCGGACUGCCCACAGCAGCGGUGUACAUGGGAUUGCUGUUCUUGCUCAUCCCCUUUCGAUACUUCUCGUCUCGAUUGCAGGGGGUGUACAAGACGGGCGAUGAUUGGGAAGGUAGGAUGGAUGGAAGGGGUGGAUUCCCGCAUCACGAGUUGGCGACUUUUCUCUCGGCACUGCUGUCGUUCCUAUCCGCGAUAGUGUUGGGCUUCUUGGACGACGUGUUCGAUAUUCGGUGGAGGUACAAGUUGCCGAUUCCGAUCAUUUCGAGCAUCCCUUUGCUUACGGUCUACUAUGCGGGGGGAGGGGGCACUUCGGUCGUUGUUCCAGGAUGGCCCGGCGUGUUGAGACGAUGGAUCGGUUCGAGCAUCCUGGAACUCGGUCCACUCUACUAUCUCUACAUGUCGCUCCUCUCCACCUUCUGCACCAACAGCAUCAACAUCAUCGCCGGCAUCAACGGCGUCGAAGUCGGUCAGGCCAUCGUCAUCUCCCUCUCGCUCUGCCUCAACAGCCUGCUCUACCUCGACUCGCGAGCUGGGAUGCCCGGAUCGCGAUCCAGCAAGGAGCUUCUCCGUCGACACUUGCUCAGUCUCUAUCUGCUGUUGCCGUUGACAGCCGUGUGUUGUGCUUUGUUCUCGUGGAACAGGUAUCCAGCGAGGGUGUUUGUUGGCGAUACGUUUUGCUAUUUCGCCGGGAUGGUCUUUUCGACGGUAGGGAUUUUGGGACACUUUAGCAAGACGGUGUUGCUGUUCUUUGUUCCACAGAUCUUCAACUUCCUGCUCAGCUGCCCACAGCUAUUCGGUCUGGUACCGAACCCACGGCAUCGAGUGCCUCGAUACCACGCCGAGACCAACUGCGUCUAUCCUUCCAUCCAAUACUUUGGCUCCGGCGACGUCGAGGCGGAUAAACAGCUAACCAACACGUCCUCCCGACCUUUGCGUCCUGCAAGCACCAUCUCCACCUUGGUACUCAAGCUGCUUGCCGCGUUACACCUGGUGCAGCUCGACUUCUAUGACAAAUAUCACCGUCGAAUCAAAAGCACAACCAACCUCACCAUCCUCAACGCCAUCCUCGUCCUCAGAGGCGUCCACCACCUGCCCGAUUCAACCACACAUACAAAACCCUUCAAAGGACCCCACAUCACAGAGUACGGCUUAUGGCUCCACACCAUGGUGUUGCAGGUCGCAGGAUCGUGUCUCGCCUUUGCCAUCCGCUACUGGCUCGCUGGCAUCGUGUUUCCAUGA